AUGCUCAGGUUUGUGAGACUCUGUUCCAUGGCUCCUCUAUUUCUGCUUCUUGGUCUUCUUCUUCUAGCUUUGGCUGGUCAUGACUAUGGACAAGCUCUCACUAAAAGCAUUCUCUUCUUCGAAGCUCAGAGAUCCGGUUACCUUCAAAGGCCAGAGGACAACACCACUUCAAGGCAAGUUUACAAGAUCGACCCGAACAACCCCGGGUCGGACCUCGCCGGCGAGACCACCGCCGCUAUGGCAGCCGCUUCUGUUGUCUUCCGCCACAAAGUUGCCCAACUGAUCACCGAUUUGCCGAUCAACCUCCAUCCCACGAAGAUGGAUCGGCAAACCCACCACAUGGACCCAUACCUGCUGUAUUGAUGGUGCCGUCUUUCCUGAUGCACAAAGGGCCAGAGGAUUCCACCAUACCAACUCUAGCUCACAACCACCAAUGGUCCAACGCCGCCGUAAUAACGUCUUCGCCUCACUUCGUGUUGGUAAAACAAACAAGAAAGCCUGAUUGCGCAACGG